AUAGCUACGCAGCGAAAUCAAAACAAACAAAAUCAAACGAAUUUGCCCGCACUCGGUCCACUGCAUUGCAAUUGAACUGGUUCCUUAUCGCAGGUGAAAUGUCCAACAGAACAUUAAACGAUUGGGAUACGAUUGCGAAAACAUUAACCAAGGAUGAUGCAGCUGAAGAGGAUGAGGAAAUGGACACACUCGAAGCGCUGGAGGCAAAGAUGAGCAAAGUGCCCCGUGGGAUGUUUGUAAGCGGCUGGGACGAUGCGGACGAUUUGAUCGAGGAAGACAAAGACCCGAAAGCCAGCAUCGUGCGCCACGUGCUGUGGGCUGCCGGAGAGAACAAACUGGAGAUUGUGGAGAGCAUAGUAAGCCGUAAGCCGGAUGUUGUUCAUGCUAUCGAUAGCGAUGGUUACACACCGCUGCAUAAGGCGUGCUAUAAUAAUAAUCGCGAGAUGGCCCUGCUGUUGUUACGAUACGGUGCUAAUCCUAAUGCCCGCACCGACAUGGGAUGGACACCGUUGCAUUCGGCCUGCAAGUGGAAUAAUGCACCGUGUGCCGCGUUAAUGCUGCAACAUGGAGCUGACGUGAAUGCUCCCUCGGAUGGUGAUCAAACGCCGCUGCACAUUGCCGUUACGGUGUCGAGUUGCCGGUCAACGUUGCUGACGCUGCUUAUGAACGCCCGGUGUGAUCCGGAGCGUAGGAACAAUUCGGAUGAAACGGCCGAACAGAUAGCGAAACGAAGCGGCGAUUCCUUUCCUAUGUUUGCGAUGGCUCACUCGGCCUUUACGGUCGAAACAGGGGUGAUCGAUUAAGGGAGACGAGAUAAUUUGAACGGACAAUGGAACACAAUUGAUUGAAAAGAACUGUGCAUUAUCGCGGCCAGUUGUUGCUUCCCUCAAUCAAUAUUCCUUUAUCUCUCUCUCUCUCUCUCUCUCUUUCGACAAUGCAAACGGUCUGCGCGCCACGAAGUGAUAUGAUUGGAACACAUUGGUUACAAAUUAAAUUAUGCAACGAUGAACCGGGCCCGGAGUCGUAAUUGCUGAAAUUUCUAAUUCAUUUUAUUUAUUAGAAAAAAAUGCAAUAAUGCUACCUUUCACGGGGAAAUGCAUUACUGAGAAAAAACAGAAUUAUGUAAAUAAAGAAAGAUCGUUGCUCAGUUCA